AUGGAUGUGGAUUAUGUAAAUGGCUGGGUUUGCCAGCCUGAUGUGUGCCGGUGUUGUCUGUCGGCGCGCGGAAGUUGCGAUAUAACCGCUCGGUACGUUUCUGAUUCAGGGAAAAAGGAAAUUUAUCAUGACAUGCUACAAGAAUGCCUUGGAAUUACUCUGUCGCACCUCGAUGAAUGGAGCCACAGCCGGCUGGUGUGCACAUUGUGCGUGUCCCAGUUGAGGCUAGCAUAUGCCUUCAAAAAUCAAGUGUUGCAGUCUGAGAGGCACUUCAACCUAUAUUGCGAUAGUCAGAGAGAAUUUAAUGACUUCAAAAUAGAGGAGGGAGUGACAGAAAACGAUACUGAAAAGCUGCACCACAUUGAUCAGCCACCAUGUAAUGAGGGAAAAGUAAAGUUGGAAGCAUUAGAAGACUUAAAAGAAUCAAAUUUUGGGAAUGAAGAGCUGCCAUUAUUAAGCCCAAACGGCAUUCGAAAACACGUCAGAAAAAGAAGUUUAGCGAAAUUAAAACUAAAGAAAGACACAAAAGACAUUCUAACGGAAGAUAUUGAUUAUGAUUCGGAUAUUCCUAUUUCGAAAUUGGCAGAAAAAACUAAACACAUGAAAAAAAUUGUAAGUGAAAUAACUAGAACACAGCCGAAAAGUAGUUUAAUGGAAAAUAUAGCGAGACCUGAUCGAGAUGCAAGAGAAAGAUUAAAACAGGCGCCGAAUAAAAAACCCGUGAAACUGGUUUCUGAAAGAAAGCGCGUGAUACUGACCUGCGGGACUGUGUUACGGGACACAACUGCCUGUCCGUUUAGACACCAUAAGAGUUGGUUCCAAUGUUUCUUCUGCUUACAGGACUUUAUGGAAAUUAACCCUCUUAGAGAUCACACUUUAAGCGUCCACGCAGAUGUGGACGAAGAACUGAAAAAGAUGAAACGCUACCCUCGAUCGUUACAAAUUGAAAUAUCCAAUUUACAAUGUCGCCAUUGCAAUUUGACAUUGGCAGAUGUCAACGCCAUGCGCUGCCAUUUUGUUGACGUACACAAUAAAGUUAUUUACAACGAAUGUAUAGCGGACUACAAGGUCGAUUCCAGCCCUUAUUCUUGUCACAUAUGCAAACAAGAGUUUCACGUGUUCCGAACAUUGACAACACAUUUGAACGAGCACUACGCCAACUGCAUCUGCGACGUUUGCGGGAAAUCAUUCCUUAAUUCUAAACGUCUUAAAGUUCAUAAACGCACACACGAGAGCGGCAGUUACCCAUGCAACGAAUGCGGGAAGGUGCUCAAAACUAAAACGUCGAAAGCGAAUCACGUCGAGAGUGUUCAUUCGAAACGCACAAUCAAAUGUCAGAUCUGUAUGAAGCCGAUGAAACAUUAUAACGACAGAAUAAAACAUAUGUCCGAAGUGCACAAUAUAACGCAUAAAUUCAAAUGCCCUAUUUGCAGCAGAGAAUACAACAUUAAGCAUUAUCUAGCUACGCAUAUACGACAGACGCACGGACACAAAAACAAAAAGUGUGCGGAAUGCGGAAUGGCUUUCAUCACUAAUCAUGGGCUUAAAAAGCACAUGUUAAAACACUCCGGCGAGAAACCGUUCACUUGUGAUGUCUGCUGCAAAUCGUACGCCAGAAGUUAUACCCUAAGGGAACAUAUGCGGACUCAUGAUGUCGAUAAACGGAUUUUGCGGUCUGAGUAA